UUCCAUCGUUGUAAGUAUUCCAAAUUCGAUCUCCUUUUAAUUGCUAAGAAAAAAAAUCUCCUGUGUAUUGCAGAGAGCAAAGACAUGGCUCAGCAGACUCUAAGUGGCAAAGUGGAGACCCAGAUACAGAUUCAAGCACCUGCUGCCAGGUUCUACAACAUCUUCAGAAAGAAGCUUAAUCAUCUUCCUAAUAUGAGCACAGAUGUACAUGGAGCUAAAGUGCAUAAAGGAGACUGGGAAAAUGUUGGUUCUGUCAAACACUGGGACUAUACUAUAGAAGGAAAGAAAACAUGUGCUAAGGAGAAAAUUGAGGCCAUUGAUGAUGAUAACAUGUUACUUACAUACAGCGUCUUUGAUGGUGAAAUCAGUGAGGGUUAUAAGAGUUUCAAGGUGAUAUUACAAGUGAUUGAUACGGAAAAUGGUGGGCUUGUGAAAUUCACCAUCGAAUAUGAAAUGCUCAAGGAGAAUAUCACAGCUUCAUCUCCUGAUACUUUUUUGGCCUUCGCUACUAAGGUCACAAAAGAUAUUGAUGCUCAUCUUGUUGAGGGUUAAUCAUCAUGACAAAUUCAUGACGUGGUUGCACAGAACAAAUUCAAGCUCAAAUAAAAAUAUUAAAAUAAAAGUAAAAUAAGACACCAAAUCUCAUAUUGAAAUUACUUCAAUAUUGGGUUGCAUUUUUAUUUUGUUGUAUAUUUAUAUAUGUAAUAGACAUGUGCGCAUCUGAACAUGCAAAACUUAAAAUAAUGAAGAUAUUGCUUUCUAAAGCAUAUAUCGUGUUGUAACAUUUGCUGUGUGAUGGAUUUGUAAUGAGUAAUAUUUGGUUCAGAGUCA